AUGGCAGUUGCAGUAGCUAAGGAAGCGAUGGACUAUACAAUUAAGCCAGAGGCGAGUGCUUCCAAUAUAUCCACCUCGGACUGGCCGCUUCUGCUGAAAAACUAUGACAAGCUUCUUGUUAGAACUGGUCAUUUCACCCCAAUCCCCGCCGGUUGCUCUCCUCUCAAGCGUGACUUGAAAUCGUACGUCAAUUCUGGUGUGAUCAACCUUGACAAGCCUUCCAACCCCUCGAGUCAUGAGGUAGUGGCUUGGAUGAAGAGAAUCCUGAGGGCGGAGAAAACUGGCCACAGUGGAACUCUCGACCCGAAAGUGACUGGCUGCCUGAUCGUUUGCAUUGACCGUGCCACUCGUCUGGUUAAGUCGCAACAGGGUGCUGGAAAGGAGUAUGUUUGUGUGAUCCGUCUGCAUGAUAAGAUUCCUGGCGGUGAGGCCCAGUUCAGGAGGGCUCUUGAGACAUUGACUGGAGCGCUUUUCCAGCGUCCGCCCUUGAUAUCUGCUGUCAAGCGCCAGCUUCGUAUCAGAACUAUUCACGAGAGUAAGCUUUAUGAGUUUGACAAUGACAGACAUCUCGGUGUGUUCUGGGUUAGCUGUGAAGCUGGAACUUAUAUCCGAACUCUCUGUGUCCACUUGGGUCUUCUUCUCGGCGUCGGCGCACAUAUGCAGGAACUGAGACGUGUAAGAAGUGGAGCCAUGGAUGAAAACAGUGGUCUAGUGACCCUGCAUGACGUUUUGGACGCGCAGUGGCUGUAUGACAAUCAGCGAGAUGAGUCUUAUUUGCGGAAGGUCAUUCGCCCGUUGGAGUCGUUGCUUACAACAUACAAGCGCAUUGUUGUCAAGGACAGCGCAGUAAAUGCUGUGUGCUAUGGUGCUAAGCUCAUGAUCCCUGGGCUUUUGCGCUUUGAGGCUGGCAUCGAUGUCAACGAGGAAGUGGUACUUAUGACCACCAAGGGAGAGGCAAUUGCAAUUGGUAUCUCCCAAAUGUCGACAGUUGAGCUCUCUACCUGCGAUCACGGUGUCGUAGCGAAGGUUAAGCGCUGUAUUAUGGAGCGUGAUCUCUACCCCCGUAGGUGGGGCUUGGGUCCUGUGGCUUUGGAGAAAAAGAAACUCAAAUCUGCUGGGAAAUUGGACAAGUACGGUCGUGCAAACGAGGCUACUCCUGCCAAAUGGAAGAGUGACUAUAAGGACUAUAGUGCACCUGAUGAAACACUUGCUCAGCCGGCAGCUGAGACGGUCAAGGAUGACGCGGCUGCUAUAUCUGCGGAGGCAGCUGAAACUCCAUCAUCUCCCAACAAGAUGGAAGUCGACGAAGCUAAUGAUGACGACAAGAAAAAACGUAAGCGGCAUGAUGGCGAAACUCCUGAGGAGCGAGCAGAGCGCAAGCGCAAGAAGAAAGAGAAGAAGGAAAAGAAGGAGCGACGGAAGUCCAAGCAGGAUAAGGAAGAUAGCGACGACAGUGACUAG